AUGAUAGAAGUAUUUAAUCAAGGAAAAGAAAGUGUAUAUAGACAGUUUAUCAAAAAAGUGCGAGACAUUGGGUUUGUUCGGGUGGUUUGCAUAUCUAGGGAGAUAGAUCAUUUUGCAGCGCUGUUUUCUGUGCUGACCAUACUGGAAAAAGAGCUCAUAAAGCACGAAGUGGUGUGGGAGCGCAGGGAGAAGGAGGAGCGCAGUGUUUUUGAAAUAGGCAUUGGCGAAGGGUGCGAGGUGAGGAGAGGUGCUGUGCUCAGCGCAGCAAAAGAAGCAAGAGCCUCAAAGGACGUGAUCCUUCUGUGCGGAGAGACCCUUGAGCUGGCUGUUUUCAACUUGUGCAAAAGCAUAGGGCACCUAACGCCAGACUGUCUGUGGAGCAUAUGCGUCUCCACGUAUGGACAGACAAACAGGAUAGAGCAGGCAGAGUGGCGCAGCCCUAUCAGGAAGAAUGUGCACGAGGCUGUCUCAGAGGAAGAGGAGGAAGGACACGAGAGCUACGAAGAGAAAGAAAAUAUAAACACAGAGGAAACGGGGCACUUGGAGAUAUACAAAGAGAUUGUAGCAGAGAUAGGGCGGCUGGAGAGAGACGACGAAGAAAAAAAGUCGGUUCUGAUAAAGAGCGGCGUGUACUUCCCGUUUAGCAAGUGGACUACCCUGUACGAGGCGCUUCUUAACGACUUUGGGGUUAUAGAGGAGCUGGGGCUGUUUUUCCAGAGAAAGAACACAAAGCACUGUCUCCUUGAGAACGCUGAGUAUCUCCUGAACCAGUUUCUGGCAAAACUUGGCGUUGCAGUGGCUGCUGCGCAGGAAACCUCGCUGAACAACCUUGUAGGGCCUAUCCAGAAAGUCGCCCAGAGAAGCUUUAAUAAGCGGCACACGUACUUUAAGCACUACCAGUACAACCUGGGGUUUUCGCACAUUGAGGUGUUUUACUCAAUAUGCGCUCUCAUAAAGAAAGGCUCUUUUAUAGAGGCUGUGUUUGCGUUCAGAAACAUCAAAUACAUAGAUGCAAAGAAGGGCCUGCUUGAGUACAAGAAAGUGGUGCAAAACAUAAAGAAAAGCAUAGAGCGAAGAAAGGUCUUAAGAGUGAACGGAAUAGGGCUGGUCCUCAUACCCAAAGGCGCUAUUUCUUUCAGGUCAGAGAAUGAGACAACGCUUAUGAAAAAAGUGUUUGUAAAUGUAUGUCUACUGUGCAAGACUAGAAACCCGCAUAAGGAAAUCAUCAUGACUGCAUAUGUAGAGGAGAGCAAAAAGUACCGGGUGUUUUUCAAAAACGAAGAAGGAGUCCACUGGGUGGAAACAGAAGAAAAGACUCUCAACCAGUGCAUAAAAGGCGUGCUGGAGAGGCUAGUGGAGGAAGACUGA